AUGGAUUUUCUGACUCACUGGAUUUCUUCUUAUGGUGUUCCAGCCACCCUUACUACUGACCGCGGGAGUCAUUUCCGAUCUGGCCUCUUCCGUGAGUUCACUAAACUGCUCGGGUGUGCGCACAUCACAACCACGGCAUACCACCCUGCCGCCAACGGCCUCGUCGAGCGUCUACACCGUCAACUCAAGCUCGCACUGAUGUCCCAAACGGAAUCAGCUUCUUGGAGUGACAACCUCCCUCUUGAGCCUUUGGGCAUCCGAUCUUCUGCCAAGGAGGACAUCCAAAGCACUGCCACCGAACUUGUGUACGGUACACCCCUCCGUCCACCCGGCGAAUUUGUGCAGUCUUCCCCGACUAACACCAACAUCCCGAGCACCUUCGUACAGCAGUUGACACAAAGCAUGGCUCAACUGCAUCUAACCCCCACUCGUCUGACAUCGAAACGUGUGUUUGUGCAUGAGGAUCUUAAAUAG